AUGGAGGAAUACGAAGCUAAUCGCAAGGCUCGCCUCGAGCAUGACCAUCAAUGGUGGGGGGAUACUCACGUCGAACCCGCGGAAGGAAACCCAGAUCGCCAACACAUAUACGCCCAUAACCCUACGAUCUCUGACCAAGAGUUUGGCGAGGUAGUGCAGGCGUUCAGAAAAUCAAUCACAAACACCGAGACAGGUGAGCUUGAUUCUCUAUCAGUCCAGUUGCGGCCCACCACUCCUCCUCUGGAGAGGGCAACGAAGCAGUUGCAAGGCCUAAAGGAUCAAGAUGUGGAAAUGUCGGACGAAUUGGAGAAGGAGAUCAUCCACCAGUUCACAACAAACAACGGCAUGGUCGCCGCCUUGACAGAGUGGUGUCGAGACAAGCUAGACGUCCCUGUUGAACACGCCAACCAACUGAUGAAAAUGAUACACCGAUUGAACCUCGAAAUGUCCAAGCAGCAACGCGACUUACAAUACGAACUGGACCAAACAAAGACAUCUCUCAAAGAGUCUGUUGAGGAAGCCUAUAACAGCAAGCAGAAUAUCGCGACUUUAGAGGCCGAUCUGGCAAUGGCCAAAGCUAAAAACGAAGUUUCGGGAACGCUUCUCGAAAAAAGCGCAGAGGAAUUCCAAGAUGCCGAGGAAGAAUUCAAAGAGAUGACGGCGUUUCACGAUGAAGUCCACAAAAAGCUGAGGGCGCACGCGGCAACAUGGAUGGCUACUAAGAAUGUAUACGAUAAGCUCUCACAGGACGAUCAGAACGCAAGACCAGAGAUUAAAACCCUCAUCAACAAGACAUCCCUGAACUGGGCGGAAUUGGACAGUAUGUACGAUCGAAAGUGGCUACCUGUGGCAAAAGCUCUAGAGCAGACUGACAAUCGUAAUGGUAUAGGUCUGCUGGGCUUGAUUGAACAGAAAGGAGAGGAACUCAGGGACAAGGAAAAUGAGGUCGAUCAACUCCGCGGGUCCAUAGCCGAACAGACCAAAAAGCUCGAGCAAAAAGAUCAGGAAAUUGAGAGACUAAAGCUCAAGCUCCACGAAAUGUUUUCCUCCAAACUGUCUGGAAUAGAUACUCCAGAGCACAGCCAAUAUUCUUCAAACACUUCGAUGGCGUCGUCGUUCAACUCGAUUCAGAUGGAAGAAGAGAUCAAGAGGCUCAAACAGCAAAACUCGGGUCUUCAAAAAAUGUUGGCAAACAAUAGCAAAGGCAAAGACAAGGAUAAGGACAAGGCCAGCUCUUCAGCAGACACUUCCCCACAGGAUGGGAAUGAACUCAAAGUAGCCCUCGAAGAAAUUCAGAACCUCAGAGCCCAAGUUCAAACGCAGACGGGGGACAUCGAAAAGCUCAACGGAAUAGUCAACAGGAAGGAGAGAGUAUUCGAAAAGCAAUUCGGAAGCCCCAGGCAAGAGAGCAAUCUCUACCGGAAUCGUCUGAAAGAAGUGGAAACUGCCCAAUUCAAGACGGCUGAUAAAUUGAUCUUGGCCAUUGGAAAGAACGACUCGGCCUCCAGUAUCGACAGGAAGAUGGGCCUCAGGGAUCGGAUCAACUAUCUCAACCUGGUUUGCUUCUUCCGUACCCGCAACUACAUCCAGCUGGCUAUUCGAGAGGGAGCUAAUAGAAUGGCCAACGCUCUCCUGGAAGACAUUGAAGGAUGGGCAAAGUUCUGCCAUAAGGAUUUCGAAACGAUGGAUCCAAGCGUCAAUAUCCUAAUCGAGGCCUCGAUUCGUAUCCUUCACGACGUCAGGACCAUCGUGGCCAACGAUACAGAAGAAGAUCUAAAAGCGGCUCAAGAAAGUAUCCAAGCUGCACGUGAUGUUUUCGAGCAAUAUCCCAUAGAAGGGGCCUUUUUUCAACUUGAUCGCCUUGCUGAUCAAAUCUUGCAAAUCGCCCAAGAACAAGCUGCCGAGUCGCACACGAAAAAGAUGCGCUUUAUUUUCGCCGACAAACUCCAUGUGGGGAGGACUCGGAGAGUCGACAUCAGAAGUAAAGUCAGGAACGCUUCAGGUAUGAAGUCUGCUGGCCUUCGUCUACCUGGGGUUCACUCUCCCGUGUCCUCUGAAAAAUAG